AUGGCCGCCGUUGUCGCCCGUGCACCCCCCCUCCCCUCCCGCUCCUCCACCCCACCUCCCCACCUGACCCUGAACACUUCAUCUCGAGGCACGCCGGCCGCCAUACCAAACAAACAUAUCCCAAUAUGUUCACCCGGACCACAACCAGCAAUCGGCCUCGAAACUCCUCCCGCAUCUCCGCCCAGCAAAGAGACCGAGACCGAAACAUCGCUUCUCUACCCUCCCGACCACUUCGCCAAACUCUAUGAUGAAGGUCCUAUCUAUGGCAUCGAUGCAGCCACGCUCGCGAGAGCCGUGGACCAUGUCUCGAAGCAGCCCCUCCCCGACCCAACCCAGACGUUCCCAUGGCUUCACGGCCUCCACCCGGAAAACCACAUCCAAUUGCAAUUCUUCGUCGCCCGUCGCAAAUCGCUGCUCAAGUCACCAACCUGUUACCGCGGACUGACCAUCGUCAACGCCAGCCGGGCUCAGAAGCACUCACGCCUGAAAGGUGCCGUCCCUCCCAACGAGCUUCUCGCUCUGGGUGAUCAGGACGGGCGAUUCAUGGACAUUGAUCCGCGAGACGGGUUUUCCGUCCGGAACUUUCAGAUCCAGACGUGCAAAAUGGCGACCAUAUCGGAUAUUGUCGUAUAUGGGAACGACUGGACGAAAGUGGAGGAGGUGUUGAGCGUCGCGAGGAAAAUCAGAAACGCGCAGCUGCAGAUGCAGGAGAUGCUACGGGCGAACGGACAACCGGAGGCACCGGUCUUCAAUACGUUUGUCGUAACAGAUUCCUUCCGCCUCAUUGAAGAGACUCAACCGCAGCUGGUUGCAUGCGAUUCCAAGGAGGCUGUGACUGGAAACUUCGUCGACUUCUUCCAACAAGAACGUAUUGAGAUGUUUACCAUGUCUCACGCAUCAGAAAUCACUCACAAUGUCUUCUUGGGUCCAACCCCUGAUGCCACUAUCGAUCCACUGCUCGACACCUCCAUGUCUCAGUUCGACGUCUAUAUCGAGGCCAACGAUCUAGCCCAAAUGCCCGAUACCGGGUCAAUGCGUAAAUUGAGAGCCGCCUUAGAUGACCUAGAGGUCCCUACCAUUGGCCUGGAAUUCCCAUCCUCGGGAUCAAUCAUACCGCCGAACUCAUCCUGGUCUGACGCCGAAGCGAAAGGCCUCAUUGAAAUGUGUCGCUGGAUUUAUGAGGCUGCCAACCCGACUUCCAUAUCAGACGACACGACCUCAGGGGCAGAGUUGAAGGAUCCGGCUCCUUCCGAUACCGAGGGGGAUACGAUCAUGCUCUCCGACCUUCCAUGCAAAACUCGCAAGCCACGUCGUGUCCUCAUCCACUGUGCCGACGGCUAUACCGAGUCAUCCCUCCUUGGACUUGCCUACAUGAUGUUCGCCGAAGCCCUCCCUGCACAUUCCGCAUGGCUAACGCUCCACCGCGACCGAGGCCGCAACUUCUUCGCUUACCCAAGCGACGUCGCGUUGCUGACGGCGCUACAAUCCGAAAUCUUACGUGCAUCUCCCCUCGCCGCAAAGUCAGGUGGCGGCGGCAGCGUCCCGCUGUCCUUCCAGUUACAAGUCGACGAGCCAACCUGGAUGAGCAAACUGGACGGCAGCCUCCCAAGCCGCAUCCUCCCAUACAUGUAUCUCGGCAACCUCACGCACGCUAACAACCCCACCCUCCUCCGCGAACUCGGCAUCGGCCGCGUCCUCUCCAUCGGCGAACCCGUCUCCUGGUCCUCCACCACCCCGCCCCCCUCCGCCGUCUCCGUCUCCUCCCCCACCUCCAACUCCUCCUCUCCCCCCACCACCACCCCCCUCCCCACCCUACUCAUUGACCGCGUCCAAGACAACGGUGUCGAUCCCCUCAUUCUCACGACCGCCCUCCCGCAAUGCCUCUCCUUCAUCGCCGCCGGCCGCGCCCUCGGCCACGCAACCCUGGUGCACUGCCGCGUCGGGGUCAGCCGCAGCGCGACGGUGUGCAUCGCGGAGGUAAUGCGCGCCAAGGGCUGGGGGUUCGCGCGCGCGUACUGCUUCGUACGUGCGCGGCGGCUCAAUGUGAUCAUCCAGCCGCAUCUACGAUUCGUGUGGGAGUUGUUGAAGUGGGAGGAGGGGGGGCGCGCGACGAUGAGGGUGGGGAGGGAGUGUGAGUGGGCGGAAUGCUGUCGCGAGAUCGCGGCGAUGAACAAGCCGUAUGCCCGGCAGCAGUAG